UACCGUUUAUGUCAGGAUACCGGUACCCAUCCCUAUGUAUGAAUUCUGGUUGUAUUUAGUACGACUUUGCUAAGCUAUGAACCCGCACCGCUUGAUGGCUCUUGAUUUUAAGAGCCAGGAUAUUGAGGGGAAAAAAAAUCCUGUCGACAAGAGCUGUAAGUUGAUGAAGACGCAUUCCAUAUGGAUUGAAGAGUGCUGAUGUUCCCUGAUGUUUUCCUCUUAUCUAAAUGUGAAUGGGACAUUAUCACCAGCCUGAAUUAGUCUGAGAUUGAUAAAAUUGAUCUCGACCUUACCCUGAUCCCAACCAGUUAUCUCUGCUAUGCCAAAUCAUUCCUACCCUUAAGCUUUACCCCAAUGAUAAGUGCGCUGUAGAAAAUGCACUAAAUUACAUGAAAACGUGGUUUAGAGGGGAACAGACUGGGCCCCUUCUUGUUUUUUGUCUUCUUCCCUCAGACGACCUUGGAGGAAUGUGCGUGGUAGUUCUCAGUGUCAUAGAGUUAAACACUGCCCUUUCCAGUGUGCCACACCAAAGUUCACCAUAGUGAAACGUGCUUUGUCUUCGCCUCCCCAUUUUUUGACUUCAGCUCUCGCCCUCCUCUGUGCUUGACAUUUGACUGUGUGUGGGUGCCUUUGGUCUCUAUAGGAAAUCGUGCUCUCAGGCUCUGCUGGAGCCCCAGAUGCACACAACUGGAGUCCAGAGCCAAAGAUUUGCCCUUUGUCCAGUGUUGUUGAGCGUGACCCGUCACGAAUGCAUGUAUGCCGAAAAGAAGCAGAGCCAUUCUGGAUCUUUAGAACUCUAAAUGUCGCCAUGUUUUUCCACUGCCUCUGGGUAUUUUGCUUUGUAGCCCUGAGGUUAUGUCCAAAGCGUGCUUUAAAAGACUUCACUGAAAUCCUCUUAAGCUUGACGUAGAUGUAACAAAUCAUGCUUCUCAGUGCUCGGUCUCUGACCUAAUCUGUCAGUUAUUGCCAAUACCCAUACUGCAACUGUCACACACAUUCCCCUGAACUUUAUCUCAAAUCUUUAAAAAAAAAUGUUGUUUGAUCUUGAGCAACACCAGGAAUUUGAGCAUGUUGUGAUAUCUUGCAGAGAAUUAGACAAUCUACAGAUGCUGUGGCAAGUCAACAAUCUGGGUUUGAUUGUCUACUUGAAGCUACUUGAAACAACUGUGUCAGACCAACAUCUGGGCAUCUGAUCCGAUGAUGUCAUGUGUUCUGCUUUUGCCGCCUUGAAGUUUACUCUUUGAGGCAGUUUUCUUGAAGCCCUUUCCACAUGGAUGCUAAUGCCAUUUUCCUUUGCACCUGCGGCUUAACAACUGGAGAGGUUCUUACUGUUGGCCUGCCUCCAUCCUCAAACACUCUGCUGGGUACUGGCUUGGAAGAUUGUGUGGAUGCUCUGGUGGGACAAGCCUGGGGGGGUUAGGGUUAGGCACCCUGAUUGGAGAGUUCCUCGUUUGGUUACUGGUUUUGAGGUGUGUGUGUGUGUGUGUGUGUGUGUGUGUGUGUGUGUGGUGGGAGAGUGGCAAGCUAACAAAACAAUGGAUGCUUUGUGAGAGGGGUCCCACCAUGACAGGAUUGUUGGGGGGAGGAAGCAAGGGGGUGGUCAGGGCUUAGCGAAGCGUAGCCACUUGAUUAGUCAGGGCUCUCCCUUUGCACCUCCUCCCAUCCAUCUCUCGUCCCACCCUCCCUCCUUAUCAUUCUCUCACUGCUUUUCCCUCCCCGCUAACUCGUGGAAGCAGAGACAUUGGAGCCGCUCUGCACGGACACAUCGCAGGGUUUUCGGCUCGUCAUUGAGGAUGUUUUGGAGGUUGAUCAGAGUUGCUUGUUGCAGCAUCUUCCCUGACUGUCCGAAAUGUUUGUUGUUCUCAGAAUGAAAAGGGGAAUCAUCUAGGAUCAAAGUAAUGGCUGUCCAGGCUGGCAUCCAGGUGUGGUUUGGGGAGAAGUUUGACGCCCCCUCACUGAGCCCCAAGAGCCCUCGCAGCCCAUUAGUGCAGCGGCACGGCCCCGGCCUCACAGAUGUCUUCCAGUAUGACCAGUGGUUGGCGGUGCGGCACGAGGCCACGCUGGUGCCCAUGCAGGAGGACUUGGCCAUAUGGCUCACUGGCAUGCUGGGAGAGGAGGUGAGAGCCGAGGUUUUCAUGGAGGACCUGAAUAAUGGUGUGAAGCUCUGCAAGCUUAUCGGUGUGCUGCAGACUAAGAUCGCUGAGAGCUGCCCCUCUGCGCUUAGCAAGCUGUUUCCUACAAGGAAGGUAGCAUGCAAGCGGGAUGCCUCUCCAGGCUCCUUCUUUGCUCGCGACAACACCGCCAACUUCCUGGCCUGGUGCCGACACAUCGGCGUGGAGGAGACCUACUUGUUUGAGUCGGAAGGCCUCGUGCUGCACAAGGAGCCUCGACAGGUUUGCCUCUGUCUGCUGGAGAUCGGUCGCAUCAUCUCCAAGUACGGCGUGGAGCCUCCUGUGCUGGUGAAGCUGGAGAAGGAGAUCGAAAUGGAGGAGACGCUGCUCUUGACAGAGGAGCCGCCUCCGGCGGUCAAAACCUUCAGCGUGUGUUGCCAGCAUGGCGGCCUCUACCAACCCGGGGAGCAUGACAUGGACAACCCACCCUGCAACUGCUCUAACAGAGUGUCCAUCGAGUACCUGUCUGAGGGACGCUACAGACUCGGAGAUAAGACCAUCUUCAUUCGGAUGCUUCAUGGCAAACAUGUGAUGGUGCGCGUCGGUGGCGGCUGGGACACCCUCCGAGGUUUCCUGCUGAAAUACGACCCGCUGCGGGUACUGCAGUUCACCACUCUGGAGCAGAAGAUCCUGGCCUUCCAAAAAGGCCCCCCAGGCCUCGGGGGUCAUCAUGGGAGUUCAGCUCCUCCUCCUGACAUGGACCCGCUCGCUGCUGUCACUGAUCUCAUGUCACCUUCAUCCUCCUCUUCAUCUUCUUCCUGUUCUACCUCUUCCUCCUCUUCGACUCAAGCCUGUAAGCCAGCGUCUGUGUCCGCCGUAGGUCAGACAUGUCGGUCCUACAACGCCUCUCCAGCCUGCACACCCACAAUGCCCAGGAAGGGUUCAGUGUGUGCGCCUAAGAAGAACAUCCAGAUGACUGGGUCCUUCCCCAGGAAGCCUACCCAGCUUCCUCUGCCUGUGACCUCCAAAGGUUACUCCUCUAAGCCCCACACGCCUGUGGGAAGCACUUCCAGGCAGUCUCCUAGCCCUGGGUGUCAGGGUAGAGCUCUGACUUCUGCCGCAGCUCCAUCACCUGCUGCUGUGGAUCCAAGCUCCACCUCCAAAUUAAAGCUCAGACCACCACCUCGCUGUGCCUCCUCUCAGCCCAGAAGCCCCGUCUGCCCUGAGCCGUCCUCCAAAUGUCCCAAACCCUCCAGCCCCAGCACCUCUCCCACCUUGGUCCCAGUGCUGCGCCCUAUCACUGCACCAGUACAGUCGGCUACCUCUAAAGACACCCGCCCUCCGUUGGGCGCCAGCCAGCGCUCUCGUCUAGCACAACGUUGUCCCGGCUCCUCUGCUUCGCGCCUCCGUCUCGAGGCAGUGAAGCGAGCGAAGACGGCCUCAAGAGCUGCAACUCCAACUCCCAGAUCAGCAGCAACGACCCCUUCACAGUCCCGCACACCCACCCCCUGCUCACGGACAGCCUCUCCAGCACCGGCUAAACCUGCCUGCUCGCUGCCAAAAAGCAAUGAGGCCACAGUCAAAACUAAGGGACCGGCCGUCAACAAAACAGCCGCCACCCCCUCACGCAGUACUGCCGACUCCCCCGGGCGGGUCCCAGGGGGCAACUCGGGCCCUUCUGCUUCCAACAAAGCCAAUCAGAAAACGGCAGUCACAGCUCAGAGGGCAGGGCGAAAACAAGCAGCCGCAACUAACGCCAUCAAGCCGACUCUAAAACCGGAACCCGCCCGGGCACCGCAAAACUCCUGCCCCAACAUCAGAGCUGUUAAAACAGAGCCCAGCAUCAGGAAGAAGGUCCCACAACUGAAAGGGAAAAGCGAGGCGCAUUAUUUUGAAAUGAGCAGUAAGAGGAGGCAGAAGACCUAACCAGCAGGCUGGUGGCACUCAGCUUUGUUCUGCAGAAAUCGUCAAUAGUCAUGAAUUGUCAUUUUUGUCUAGUUUUUUCUGUGUUAUUUAAUUGUCUUUUUAUAUUGUGCUUUUAUUCAUCCAAAAGGGUCAAAGAUGCAUCGUUUGUGUCAUCUUUGUUCCGAUUCGCCGGUCUCUUCCAAGGUCAUUUCAUCGUACCCGAUUAACACUACAACUUGCACAAUGUUUACAUUUCUCACCUUUGUUGCACGUACAGCCAUUACAGAUAUAAAAUUUUGUUAAUAAAAUCAAUACUCGAAUACUAACCUCAUUGUUUUUUUGAACACAAGAACACCAUCAUGACUUAGUAGAAUGCACUUGAGUGAGGCGUUUGCAGGAUAAAGAUCAGUUUUUAUUGAUGGAGGGAUCCCAGGUAAGGCCACUUCUGCCCCGUUUUCCUCAGCAGGUUACCAAAGUUGUGACAUUUUAUUCACCUCGGUGAGAAUUCCCGUUCCACUGGUGGACAGUCUGACCUAGAACUUGUUUUAUUUUGUAUAAAUAUCUAGAUAGGAGGUGACAUCAUUAUGACCAAUCCUCCCUGUUGUGUGCCUUCAUCAGAAAUCCCCUGUUUCUGGGUGGCAUUAGAAUGUAUUAGAUGUUGGAGGGUUAAAGUUUUUUUUUGUUUUUUUUUGUUUUGUUUUUUUUAAUUUAAUUUAACUGAUUAAAAUUGCACAAUGUGUAUGAGCACUCAUAACUGUGGGUAGUCAAAGAAAAGCCCAGGUUGAUGAACUACUGAUCAAACGCCUCUUUCAGGCCGACAUCAUUUUGGAGCAGAGUCUACUUGGUAUAGUUUUUAAAUGUAUAGAUAUAUCUGUAUGAGACUUCUAAUUUUUUUUUUAUUGUGCGUAUUAAAAAUAUAGUUUUCUACGUGGUGGUGUUUGUGUGGGGUUUUUGUUUUUUUUCUUAAUAUAUGUAAACUCUCAUUAAUAAGGCUUUUUUUUUUUUCUUGUUUGGCACUUUACAGAAAUCGUUUGGGGGUUUUUUUGUUUUUGUUUUCUCCAUAUUUUGAAUGUUGAUUCUGUUGGUCGUCUCCUGUUUCAGCAACUUUUGGUCAUUUUGAUUAAUAAAAGUGGUUUCAAUAAA